GUCGUGGCAUCCGAAGGGGACGUGUAAUCAGUCGUCUUUUCGAACCGCGCCUGUCAUUUUUUAUUCUCAUUGUCGCGAAUUCUCAAACAACAAAUUCCGCUACAAAGAAAUCUGACUCAAGUGGUCGUUCCUCCACCAACGUAGGCAAACUACCAUCACAAUUAAUAGUGACCCGCUGAAGUGCAAGUGGCUUUUGGCAGUGGCAAGUGGAUGAAUAGUGCGAGAGUGUGUGGUAGAAAAAUGUUUAACCAACGAUAAUAAUAAAGAGCGAUAUUGUGUGUUUUGUCGUUUCGAUUGCUAUUUUCGUUUCUUUGCCACGUCGGAUGUUAUUUUUGGUAUAGUACCGUUUGGUUUGGUGUAGUUUCUAACCAGUUCGGGUGUAAGAAACCAAUUUCGCAGUGAAAAAACAUGUACAGUGUGCGAUGAAAAUACAGUGGAUUUAAGUUAGUGUGGCACUUUUCCAAAGGAUUACUUUGUGAUACUUUUUGUGGAUUACGAGAAAUUUCUUAUCGAUUGCUAAAGGGAAGGAAUGCGCCUCUUGUAGAUUUUACGUUAAGAAUGCCGAAAAUGUCAUCAACGCUGGCCACGAGCUGGCUACUUACAGCUGGAUAAACAUUAACUAAUAAAAUUCUUCGACAAAAGAUAAGAUUACGGCAGGCUUGACCUGCAGGUCAUGGAUGUUACCUUCACCAACGUACUGGAGGGCGCGCGACAGUACUUCCAGGGGCUGCCGACAGGAUCCAAUUCAGCGGUGAGCCCCGCAUACUCUUCGGAACAACAGCUUAGACAUGACUAUGAUAGAGGAAUGCCGCCAUCUUCCAGCGCGUACUGGUCGUCGCAUCCCACGGAUGGGCAACCUUCUCCAAGGGAUCACACGCCGGUUCAAAGGGAGCACACACCGGUUCAGCGGGAGCAUUCGGUGCUCAGGGAGCAUGCGUCGACGCCAAAAGAACACCCUAACAUUCACAGACCGUCGUCCCAUGGGUCUGAUUCCUCAUCGCGGCCAUCGUCUCAUCAGUCACCGUACGCACCAAGCGUGCAGGUGCCAGUGGAACAACACAGACAAUACUAUCCAGCACAUUACCAAGAGCAUUAUCAAAUGUCACAACUUCAUCAACAGCAACACAAUAAACAGCCACAACAUCCGCCGCAACAACAACAUCCACAACAAUCACAACAUCUUCAACAGCCUCAGCAAGCUCAGCAGCACCCGCCGCAACAGCAACAUCAUCCACAACCUCAACAGCAACAUCAUCCACAACCUCAACAACCGCCGGAGCAGUACCAGCAAUCGAGACAAUCCUUUGAGUUUUCCCGGCCGCAAGCACGAGAGACUACAACGUAUUCCCCAUAUCAGGCUCAUAUAUCCGCAGCUGGUUCUCCUUACCAACAACCUCCUUCUCCUUAUCAAGUUCCGUCUCCUCAGCAACCUAGAGCACCGUCUAGGGAGCAGAUGGUUCCCCGUGUUCCAUCUAGGGAACAAACUAUUCCCAGGGUACCAUCCUACGAGCAGUUAGUUCCAAGGGCUACGAGAGAACAGCAGUACACUCAACCGGCUGAUGCUUAUUAUUCGCAAUCGUUUUCAUAUUAUCAGCAACCUCAAACUAAGGUUGCAAUCAAUAAUGUCCCGUACAAACCUCCUAUUCAACAACAGUAUCCUGCCUCCACUCAGCAACAAAGUAUGUAUUAUAAACAAAUAUAUGCUCCGCAGCAAAAUCAUCAAUCUGUAUUUGCUGCUUCUAGGCAAGACAUUCAAACUUCCCAAGCUAAUGUACGAACUAAUCCCGUCGAUCAAACUGUCAGAACUACUCAUAAUUUACCCCCUAUAGCUGCGAUAUCCAAUUAUCAUUCCAGUCGUUCAAGAGAACCUGCUCGUCCUGUUACAACCACUGUUAAUAGAACGAGAACUACCAGUUCUACUUCUUACACCUCAACUCACAGUAUUCCUACUACAAGCUCUAUAAUUCAACCUAACCCCGCAGUAUCUGUACCAAAUUACCCGAGUUAUCGAACAAAUCCUUCUCAAAUGUAUCAACCGGCUCCGACAGUUACUACUCAAUCGUAUACUCAAGUUAUAAUGACAGCUUCCAAUUCAACUGCAAGUUAUUACCAUCCAAACCAAAGUCAGUCUUCCAGUCAACAUUUCCAACACUCUGGAAUGCCUGCAAGAUCUCAUACAAAUGAACCGCCACCUUCUACUUCUACCACCGACAACAACAAUGGUCGUAUCAUAGUCAAACGGGAGUCGCCACUAGAUUUGUCUGUGAAAACAGUUAGAACUCCUGCAGAUUCUACGCUAGGAGAUGCUGAUCAAGAUAACCGAAACAAGUAUCUUCAAAACCAUCGACCACCUACAUUAUCAGCCCAUAACUAUCCACAAUUGGACGUGAACUCAUUUCAAAGAAAUCUCACUCAAAGAUCUACGCAGCUGACAGCUGCUACUGCGCCUAAAGUAGAAUUUCGGCCUAAUUUCAAUGUGCCAAGUCUAAAUCAACCUAGAAGGCCUUUAGAAGAACCUCGAAGAAGUAUAAUUCCUGAAAAAGCUCACUCUAGUAACAAAUUGCAACAAAUGGAUCCCAAAAACGUUAUGUAUAGGUACCCUACAGCUUCGGUACCCACGUCUGCUCACGUUAACUCAUAUAUACGAUCAGCUCCAAAGCAGCAGUCGAUUCCAACCAGCAUACCUUCAGUACCUACUCCUAGAUUUAACGUGAACGAGAUUGUGCCCAAAAGACCUGCUGAAAUUAUAGUACCGCCAGUAGUUCCAAACAAAGUUCCUAAGCUUACAGACAACUGGCGACAAUCUAUAGAUUUGCAGAUAGAAGAACGAUUAUCUACUUAUAAACAGCAACAAGCAAAAUUAGCCUCGCCCACCAAGGGCCCCUUAGUGAAUGGAGCUUUUCAAGACAAGUCUAAAAAUUCGUAUCCGGUAUAUGAUAAACCAAACUACGAAACUACUCCUCAACAUUCCACUUAUAAUCAGUAUCAGCACCAAGCUACACAUACACAAACUUAUGUUCCAUCUCCCGCUACGCCACAAUAUCCGGGUUACAACCCUACGCAAACAUCGAAUUCAUACCUUCAGCCUACAUCUAGGUCUAACAGUAAUCCUUCGUUAAAUACCGUAGCGAAUUCUAAGAAUACAGUAGGCGCCGUAGAUAAACGAGUUUUGAGUCUGCUACGAAACAGCUUAGAAACUAAAGGCCAGAAGAAACUAGAACAAUUAAAAUCUAAUGACAAUUUCUCACCUAGAACCGAUAUCCAGCAUCCUUCGACUGAUGUUCAAGCUCCUUUACAACCUAAACCGGCCUUUGUAAGCAGAAACAAUGUUUCACCCUUUACGCCUACAAGUUUUCCAGAUAACAAUAUGGCUUCUAUGUACAAAUUUCAUAUUCCUAAAGCAGUUGAUUCCAUUAACUUCGAAAAUAUCAAAUCGAAUCAACUACAUGACAAGCAAACUCAAGAUACUGUGAUAACUAAUCAUACUAGUAGUAUAAGUCCCGAAUGCGAUGGCCUUGCAGCUUUCCUAGCAGCUAGAAUACGUACCAAGGGAGAACUGAAACAAGGUGGACCUCCUGCACAAAAUACGAACAACCACAAGAGCCAACUUCAAGAAGUCAUAGAAAACCAACUCAAGUCACCAAUCAAACAAGAUACAUCUCAAAGUUCCACACAUUCAUCUAGUAGUUUAAGUGCCAGUCCGCCUAAGCUUCAAAAAGAACGUCCCACUGGUGCUUCUGCUCCUAGGAAAAGAUUAUUUAGUCGAAAUGAAGAAGACCCUACGAAUUCUGCGCCGCCUCCUAGGGAUCCUGGUCUGCGGAGUUCAUCAGAAACAUCAGUCUUUGAUUUUCCUGACUCCGAUUCCGAAAAUGAUGUUAAUCGAGAAUCACUGGAAGCGAUGCGUAAAUGCAGAAAGUCAACAAAACAAACUACUCCAGUCAACGAUAUCAAACUAGAAAUGUCUCCUCCAAGAGUUUCUAUACCUGAAGAUGACAUGUUCUCUCAACUCUGUGAUAAUUUUUUAGAACAAUUAAAAAGCGGUGUAGGUAAAAGAAAAACGAAGAAAAAGGAAACGGGCGGGGAAAUUGUGGUAGAUCUAGAAGAUAAUAAAGAUAUAUUCGAUCCUGAAAUAGUUGUAAAAAUAGAACAACCUGAAUUCGAAGGAAAAGCAGAGAUAAUAGAAAAAGUGGAAGAGAUAGAAAAAGAAACAACAAAAGAAAAAGAAAGUAACCAAGGUUUGGUUAAACCUAAAAUAGAACCACAGGAGGAUGCUACAAUUCCCAUCUUAGAACCUGAAGAAAUUAAAAACGAACCAGAACCAGUCGAAGCAGAAUCUAAGGAAGAAGAGGUGUUUAUGGCUAAAAGACAGCAAGUUAGAAAAAGAAUUUUAUCUUCAAGUGAUAACGAAAUGGGUGAUAAUAAAGAUAGUAAAGAACAGGCUAAAAUUGAAGACAAACUUAAUACAGAUUCUACAAAAAGUGAGGAAAUCAAACCUGAGUCAGAAAUCAAAAUUGAACCGUCAAAAGAAGAACCUACACCAGAGGAGACUGUCAAAGAAGAGGAUAAAAAAAUUGAAACUGCAUCUCCCCAAAAGGCCGAUGAAGCGGUUCCAGUUGCCCGUCCUUACAAGAAACCAUUAUUUGGCGAUGGUUCUGAUUUUUAUCCUGGUUGGGAAGAAGGAGUGUACAGGUAUAAAAGGUCUUUACGCAUGCCUCCAACUUUGAUCUCAGUGACAAGACCUCCAUCUUUUCACAGGGUUUCAACCUCUCUUCCGGACUUAGAUCCUUGUCCGCAAUCACCAUCAACCUCGAUCUCUUGUGAUGAUAAAGACAUGAAACCUAAAGACAAAUCUAUCAAAUCUGAACCUUUAGAUAGUGAUACAGAAUCAAAUUCUAGUUUUAACAUUUUCUCAAAGAAAAUUAAUUACGAUUCUGAAGGUAGUUCUUCUAUUAAGAGUAUGCCAACACCAAAGGAAGCGUCAAUUUUGGAUAUACUCUUAGAAAAAUGUGUAAAUAGAAAACGUAAGAAGUACAAAAGAAAAGACGAUAAGCCCAAAAUCAUUCCCAAGGCAGCAAGUGAAGUAGAACUACUUGCCACCCCUAGCUUGGAUAUAAAAGAAGAUGAUAACAAGGGAAACAAGAAGUUAUCGAGGUCUCCUGUCGUUAAAGCUGAAUCACCUCUUCUUGGUUUUAGGAAAUCUACCAUAAGUCAUUAUAAAGAUGCUUUCCUGAAAUCCAACAAUAUAUUAAAUAAUCAGUUUACAACGGUUGUCAUGAAUUCGAGGACUCGACGGGAAACCAGAGUCCAGAAACAAAGAGCUACAAUCAAAGAAGUCUUCGGUGAAGACAGACCUGCUUCAGCACCCCCUGUAACAUGUGUCAACGAUAUACAGAUAAAAGAAGAUGUACCAGGGGAGAAUCGUUUAGGUAAUCUAGUUGUAAGGUUAGAAAAGAAGGACUCUUUAAAUGAAAAGAUGGCAGAUUUGAAAAAAGAACUAGAUUUACGAAAAGCAAUGAGUUCUAAGACAAACGUAGAUUUAAAAAAAGAAGUAGCAAUAAAGAAAGAAAUCAUAGAAGUUGAUACUGCCAGGACUGAAGUGACCGAAGAAAAAGAAAAGGAAACUAAAAAAGACGCUGAUACACUUAAGACUAUAAUAAAGACUGAGGUAGAAGAAGAAUCGAUUAUUGAAGACGAUACCAGAAGUUUGGACAAUGUCACCAUAAAAUCAGAGACACCUUCGAUAGAUGGGGAUGAAGGUAGCAUAUCGGGCAAGAAACGUGGGAAAUUCGGAAAGAUCAGACGGAAAUUGAGUUCUGGUUUUGAUUACAUUAGAAAGAAGAAGAAAGUAAAGAAGGAACCUGUUGAACCCGACACCGCUGAGAAGAAAAAGAAGAAAGGCACUGUUUCGAAGACUCUCGAAUCAGUGGAUGACAUCCAGAAAGAGAUCAAGACCUGGGUUCUUAACAAAGGAAUUGGAGAAACCCAUUUACAUCGAUCUGCUAGAUUAGGAUAUACCGAUGUCACAGCUUAUUGCCUCGAGAAAAUGGACUGCCACCCGUCUCCAAGAGACAACGCAGGUUACACUCCUCUACACUGGGCUUGUUCCAAAGGACACCUUCAAAUCGCGAAGCUGCUUUUACUUUAUGGUGCUAAUCCGAGCGAAAGUGCUCAAGGAGGUAUCAGGCCGCUUCAUGAAGCAGUGGAGAACGGCUGCGUUGAGAUAGCCAGGCUACUACUUUCAUAUGGUGCUGAUCCCACAUUGGCGACCUAUUCAGGUCUAACGCCCUUGGCUCUAACCAAUGACGAGGUAACCAAAGACUUCCUGAUGAAUCAUUUGAAUGAUAUAGAAGGGGAGGCCGGUUCGCAAUGGAAUUUACAUGGUCCAGCUACUGUGUUUGAUCCCGUGGACCAAAUGGGUUACAACGUUGUAGAUGAUGCCCCAGAACCAGAUCCCGUGAUAGAGGAAGAAGAAACGGAAUUCGAAUUGUCAGAAUCGCUUCCACCUAACCUCUACACGUUACGCAAUGAACCCCCCACCGACCGAUGGGUACUGCUGCAGGAUCUUUCGACGAUCCUCAAGAUCAAGUCCAGGGAUGCUCUCCUGAAGCAGAUCUGCCCGCCGAGCCAACCCUCUACAUCCAGCGGCAGUGCGAACUACAAAUCGGUGCUGCGAGAACUCAAGAUGGCGGAGUUCUUGGAACAGGCGCGGUGUUGUCAGUUUUUGAACGCUGGUGAAAAGAUCAACACACGCGCAACUAAGAUAGCGCUAGUGAAAUAUACCGAAAAAGUAAAGGAACUUCUGAAUAUUGAAAGUAUGUUCGUAAAGCCAAGGUGACCCGGGGAGGACCCUCUGGGGCGGUUGUAUAGUAAUUAUCCCCUUAAUUUAUGAUAAGAAUGAAAUGACGUCAUUCAGUGAUAUGACACGUUGUCUCAUGUCAUUAACUAUUUUCCUAAAAAUAACUAUUUCCGACAUAACCUUAAGUAACGGCUAAAUGUGCUUAGGUAAUGCCCAAUAAAUGACGUCAUGUCUAUUCUGAUAGAAAUAUAUCAAUAUAAAGAAACCGUGAUAUUACUUUCUUAUUGUGAUUUAGGUUUGCAAUUUAGUAAGAUGUAGGAUGCGGUAUUAAAAGAUGUUUUGUACUAGAUUUCGUUUUAAAAAAUCGACAGCUUGUGGUGGUUUCUUGCUUUGGUUUUAAUGUUGUUUACUAUUUCAUAGCUAUACGUUAAAAUAUUUCUAAAAAAACGAGAAAUUAUAUACCUAUAAUAAAAAUUAGUAUAUUAUUCAACGAACAUAUGGCUGUUACUCACGAUGAUGAAGUUUGCGACGCGAGCCGAAGGCGAGUGUCGUAAUUCAUCAGAGUGAGCAAUUAACAUUACAUGCGAGUAGAAUACUAUACUUUUUCUACGACCAUCUAUUUUUAUUAGUAAAAAACUAUAAUUAUCAAUUUCUCUCUAAAUUAAAAAUUUAUAAAAGAUGAAGUUGAUGAAGAUGGUAUACAUUUAUAUUUUAAAAAUUUAUAAUAACAAAUGUAGUUCAUCAAUAGUACGCAGCAUAGUUGGUUACCUACUAUUAGAAGGCGUAUAAUAUUGGUACAAUUUAUAAGUGCAAUUGUCUCGACCGUGAGUAUUAUUCGCAUAAAGAUAAACACUAUUUUGGUGUAUUUCCGUUAGAUUUUAGAUAAUCAAAUUUAAAGAUUGCACAGAUCAAAUUUAAAGAUGACAGUCUGUUUCGACCUUUAUAUCUGUCACAUAUGCCACUAGGCAUGCAUCAUUUGAUCAAUUAAACCUAUGAGUAAUGACCCGAGAGUAAUACACUAUUACUCACGGUAAGUAAUGGGUGUUAUUAUCAUCUAUUCAAAGAUAGUGAAUAAUGAGCAUAUUAUUAAACGGUCGCAGAAAAAUUAUAUUAAUAUUUUACUUCGUUAAAGAAUGUUUGAAGCAAAAAUGUCAAAUUAAUGUAAAUAUUUUAGCCAAAUAUCUGUGAAAUGUUUAUUAUAGUUAUUUUCACUAUUAAUUUGAUAAAUAUAUUGGUUGUUAAUAUUUCUGUUGUCAAAAAUUAAUAAUUAGAAGGGUGAUUUUUAUAGACGUAUGCUUUUAAAGGAUGCUGUCUAUAAUCAUGUAAAAUCUUUUGCAUAAUACACUACAACAAAAAUCUUAAAUUUUGAGAAACCAAGGUAAUUUAAUCUUGCUACUAAAUUAUUAUAUUAUACAGUGAUGAACUCGCUAAGCUAAGAACCGGCAAAAUAACGCAAUAUAUGGAAAACGUAUUAAGCUGUGAGAUAAAAAGAGAUGGAACUUUCAGAGGCGGGAAAUUUAGAGAGCUAUAAAUUUACAUUAUAUUGAUUGUUUCCCACCUUUAGACGUAUCGGACGAGUUUGGCAACUAUCACUGUGUAAGUGACAGUUUUGGUUGACAUACUCCUCUGAUACGUCUAAACGUGGGAAACAAUCAAUAUAAUAUAAAUUUAUAGGUUUCUAUCCCUAAAUUUUCCACCUCUACUAGUUUCAUCUCUUUUUAUCUCACAACUUAAUAUGUUUUCCAUCUUUUGCGUUAUUUUGCCGGUUACUACCGCGCUCAUCACUGUAUAUUACAAAGUAACAAUGGGAUAUAUAUAAAAACAUUUUAAUAUUUAAUAAAGUCUGAAAACAGUACUUCUUCUUCUUACUCAAUGUAGACCCUAGGAUGUCGGAUGAAAAUAUUAUUUAAAAGUAAUUUAUGAAACAUUUUUCACCAUUAUAUAGUUUACUACUCGUAACAAAUCUAGAGAAAGAGAAAAAGAGUGAAGUUUGGUCGUCUCCCUUUUGAAAUAGUUUUUGAUACAGUUGCUCUUUCUUCAUCUUCCCAGGCAACCAAAUAACGUUUACAAAACGUUGAACAGACGUCAUAAUUAUCACCAAACCACGUCAGUUUGUUACGUUUUUUCGACGUCGAAAGUCACGUGAAUAAGUCACCAUAACUGACGUCAUUUUUAUCACGUUUUAAAUAGGUGAUUUAAAAAACGUAGUUUUUAUGUCUUUUUUUAGAUUAGUUUUCAUUUUAUGGUUUUAAAAAUACACAAUAAUAAUUAUUCGUAUGGGUAUUGUUGGUAUUGCUAUUUUUCAUUUAAUUGUUUAAAUUUAGCUUAUAGGCUAAGGUAUACUUACUGUGUCAAAACUGAAACAACAUAUAAACUAAUAAAUAAUUUAUUAACAAAUUAAUUUAAUUAAACUCGAUAACACAUAAUUAGUUCAUUAACAGAAAAUAUUCACCAAAACAAAACACAUAACCUCAAACCGUUUUCAAGAAGAACUAUUGCAUUACACUUGAGAAAAACGAAUAAAAAUUUCUUAAUUAACAUGUUUCUUCAACUAAAUAUCUAAAUGAAAAGUCCUUUUUUAGCACACAAAGCACGUACACAAUAAAUGAAAAAUUUCUUAUAACAAUUUAAGCUUAUAAACGUCAAUAUACAACAUUAUAUUGUAAGCAUUUACCCGUUAAACUCCUACCAUUUUUGUGAGGUCAGACUUGGGAUGUCUGAAAUGAAAACCUAUUUUUAAACGUAUUUUAACGUCAUUAAUCUUACGUAUUUAAAAUCACCUACAAAAGACGUUUAUACGACGUAAUGUUCAAACACGUGUAUAUAUUCAACCAAAAGCUGACGUUUCCUCGACGUUAUUGACGUCACUUGGUUGCCUGGGUUAUUUCCGAUUUCUUGGUCGUGGUCGGAAUAAUAAGGUUUGUUUGUUCUUGAAUCAUAUUUUCCUAAAUCUUCUUCUACUGUCUCUUUUAUAAUCUUUUUUUUAUAUGCUGAUAUUCACCGUUAUAGAUUUCUGGGCUUCAUCCAGUUUUUGUGUCAUUCUCCAGGAAUAUAAUAAGCGUGUACUUUCUAAUCUAAGUUAAACAUAGUUUUUCUAUUUUCAUUCUAUUUCCUCCGUUUAUGUUUCUGUGUUAUCUUUCCACAAAAGUGGUGCCCCGAGCCACACUCUGCUCCUAUGUUGACCUUUUACAUCUUGCACUCUGAGUUUAGUAUGUUGUCAUAUUAUUGUAAUAUUCAAACGAGCGUUCAUAUUUAUUUACGACUUUAUUAUUUAUUUACACAAGUUUUCUUUACAAAUAUCUAGCUUAAACUAAACUCAAAUAGACAAGGCGAAAACGGCGGGUUCGAAGGGAAAAAUAUUCCCAUGAGAUUUUUUUGCAUAAUCACAUUCGUGAGACAUCCCAGAAUAAGGUUCAAGAAGUCGCCCAAGUGAAAAGUGGGCCAAUUUUUUUUUAAUAAUUUUUUUUUAAUCAAAUUGCAAGAAUCAAUAUUUUUGGCCCGAACAAUUUUUUCUUUAAUUUUUUGGACCAUUCUGGACAAAAAAGGUCUCUUAUAAUUUUUUUCUAAAGUUGAUCGUUUUCGACUUAUAAGCAAUUUAAAAUUGAAAAAAACGAAAAAUGGCGAUUUUCAAGGCUUAAUAACUCGGUUAAAAGUUAUUAUUAUGAAAGUCAAUAUAUGACUAAAUCAAAGUUUGAAGCCCCCCCUACAAGAUCCUGAAGAAAUUUUUGUCAUUAUUUUAUUACUAAGCUGUUAUUUUUAAGUAAUAAUAAUAAGCGCCAUGCACGUGUGCGGGGCUGUAAAUGCUGAGUGCGAGAGAGAAGCUAUUCCAGCAGUCCAAUUGUGCGUCUUACUCGCACUCACACUUACUGCAGCGUCAAUACGAUACAACCACUCAUUGUUAUUAAUUAAAAAUAACAGCUUAGUAGUAAAUUAAUGACACAGAUUUCUUCAGGAUCAUGUAACGGCGACUUUAAACUUUGAUUUAGUCACUUUCUGACUUUCAAAGUAAUAAUUUUUGACCGAGUUAUUAAGCCUUAAAAAUAUCCAUUUUCGCGUUUUUCAAAUUUUAACUUGCAUAUAACUCGAAAAAGAUCAACUUUAGAGAAAAAUUAUAAGAGAUCUUUUUGGUCCAGAAUGGUCCAAAAAACCUAAAAAAAAAUUAGUCCGGGCCAAAAUAUUGAUUUUUGCAAUUUGAUUAAAAAAAAAUGUUAAAAAAAAAUUGGCCCACUUUUCUCGUGGGCGACUUCUUGAACCUUAUUCUAGGAUGUCUCAAGAAUGUGAUCAACGAACCCGCCGUUUCCGCCUUGUCUAAAAUAAAAGCGCGUUCCACUUAAAUAGUAAAUAACGUUAUUCUCGAUUGUUCCAGACUUCGCCAACUCUAGCUAUUGUGACCUUCCACAUACCGCACGUCUCUCUCCACCGAUUCCAUGUAUAUCGUGCUUUCGCCAGAAUAUUCUCGAGAUACAACUGUUUGGAGCUGCUAAUUGCGGUCGCUGAUUCAUUCUUUUGCUACAUUAUGUAGAAUGUAGACUAUUAUCGAUUUUAGACCAGUCAUGUGUUGGUAAAAGUGAAUUUAUGUAUGUAUUUACUCGCAAAGAAACCAUUUUAAGUCAUACUGUUGGCACAUAUUUGUAAACCUUUGGUCAGUUCAACAACAGCACAGCUAUUUAUCUAAAAUAACUGUCAUGUCGAAAAAUAA